AUGGUUCUGGUAUAUGUAGAUGAUUUGAUCAUAUGUGGGAACAAUUCCGCUGCAAUUCUAUGCUUUAAAGAAUAUCUUAGCAAGUGCUUUCACAUGAAAGACUUGGGACAUUUAAAAUAUUUUUUGGGAGUAGAAGUUGCAAGGAAUUCAAGUGGAAUAUUUUUGUGUCAGCGUAAAUAUGAAUUAGACAUCAUUCAAGAAGUAGGCCUACUUGGUGCACAGCCCGUGGCUACACCUCUUGAGCAGAAUCAUCAACUUGGACUAGCCACUGGACGCUACAUUGAUCAACCUGACAGGUAUCGACGCCUUGUUGGGCGCCUCAUAUACUUGUGUUUUACCAGACCGGAAUUGUCCUACUGUGUUCAUACCUUGUCGCAAUUCAUGCAACAACCGCGUGAAGAACAUUGGAAUGCAGCCAUUCGAAUUGUGAGAUACCUCAAAGGAAGUCCUGGGCAAGGAAUUCUCCUCAAAAGCACAUCUGAUUUCCAACUACAUGGAUGGUGUGAUUCCGACUGGGCCGGAUGUCCAUUAACUCGGCGUUCAACUACUGGGUGGGUUGUGUUCUUGGGUCACUCUCCUAUAUCUUGGAAAACCAAGAAACAACAUACUGUCUCUCGUUCAUCUGCUGAAGCAGAAUACCGUUCUAUGGCUACUACUUGUUGUGAACUUAAGUGGCUCCGGAGCUUACUGGCUGAUUUAGGCAUUUCUCAUAAAGGACCUAUGCACCUCCACUGUGAUAGUCAGGCUGCUUUGCAUAUAGCGAAAAAUCCAGUUUUCCAUGAACGGACAAAGCAUAUUGAAGUGGAUUGUCAUUUCAUUCGUAAUGAGAUACUCCAAGGCACCAUUCAACCAUCAUAUGUUCCGACACAAGAGCAACUUGCCGACAUCCUUACAAAAGCCUUGGGACGACAUCAAUUUCAGACUCUGCUUAACAAGCUGGGCAUUCGUAAUCCUCAUGCUCCACCUUGA